GCUGCAGGUCACCAGUGCCGAGGACUCGCUGCCAGGGUUUCUUAGGUCCCUGUGGGAGCCGGGAGAGCCGGAGCAGCAUGAGGAGCCGGCGGCGGGGCGGGCGGGGGCACUCCUGACUCCCGGCUGACGAGCCCGGCGCAGUUUCCUCCGCUCGCCAUGUGUGUCAUCCAGCCCGACCCAUGAUUCACCUCCUGGGCUGCUCAAAACCCUCCCGAGCUGCUCCCCAGCCCUCUCAGAGGGGCUGGUCCAGGCGGCCCCCCGCGCUCGGGGCUCGGAGGAGAAGAUGGGACGAGCCUGGCUGGCGCUCGGGAUCCUGGCGCUCUGCGCCGCUGGAGCCUGGGGGGGCAACAUCUGCACCACCCGUGGGGUGAACUCCUGCAAGCAGUGCCUGGCUGUGAGCCCCCUCUGUGCCUGGUGCUCUGCCGAGGUCUGGGCACAGUCGUCCCCUCGCUGUGACCUCCGUGCCAACCUGCUGCACAACGGCUGCGGGCAGGAGCACAUCGAGUCCCCCAGCAGCAGUGUCACCAUCCUGGAGGACAGACCCCUCAGCAACAAGGGCUCAGGGGGGGCCACCACCACCCAGAUGAGCCCCCAGAGAAUUCGGCUGAACCUGAGGCCGGACGACUCCCAGGUCUUCCGUGUCCAAGUGCGUCAGGUGGAAGACUACCCUGUGGACAUCUACUACCUGAUGGACCUGUCCAACUCCAUGAAGGACGACCUGAGGAACAUCCAGAACCUGGGCACGAAGCUGGCCAGCGAGAUGCGCAAGCUCACCAGCAACCUCCGCAUCGGCUUCGGGGCCUUCGUGGACAAACCCAUCUCCCCCUACAUGUACAUCUCUCCUCCUGAAGCCGUGGAGAACCCUUGCUAUGAGAUCAGUGAGACCUGCCUGCCCAUGUUCGGGUACAAGCACGUGCUGUCGCUCACGGACGAGGUGACCCGGUUCAACGAGGAGGUGCGGAAGCAAAGCGUGUCCCGGAACCGCGACGCGCCCGAGGGCGGCUUCGAUGCCAUCAUCCAGGCCACUGUGUGCGAGGAGAAGAUUGGCUGGAGGAAUGAUGCUUCCCACCUGCUCGUCUUCACCACGGACGCCAAGACCCACAUCGCCCUGGACGGGCGGCUGGCCGGCAUCGUGCAGCCCAACGACGCCCAGUGCCACAUUGGCAAGGAUAAUUUCUACUCUGCCAGCACCACACUGGACUAUCCCUCUCUGGGCCUGAUGACUGAGAAACUCUCAGAGAAGAACAUCAACUUGAUCUUUGCUGUGACAGAUACAGUUGUUGGCCUCUACCAGAACUACAGUGAGCUGAUCCCAGGCACAACCGUGGGCACCUUGUCCAGAGACUCCAGCAACGUCCUGCAGCUCAUCGUGGACUCCUAUGGGAAAAUCCGCUCCAAGGUGGAGCUGGAGGUGCGGGACCUCCCCGAAGAGCUGUCCCUGGCCUUCAACGCCACCUGCCUCAACGAUGAGGUCAUCCCUGGGCUCAAGUCCUGCGUGGGGCUCAAGAUUGGGGACACGGUGAGCUUCAGCAUCGAGGCCAAGGUGCGGGGCUGCCCCCAGGAGCGGCACAAAUCCUUCACCAUCAAACCCGUGGGCUUCAAGGACAGCCUGAGCGUGGAGGUGAACUUCGACUGCGACUGCUCCUGCGAGAGCCGCGCCGAGCCCCGCAGCCCGUCCUGCAGCCGCGGCAACGGCACCUUGGAGUGCGGGGUGUGCCGCUGCCACGCCGGGCGCCUGGGCUCGCACUGCGAGUGCUCGGAGGAGGAGUACAACCCCUCGCAGCAGGACAACUGCAGCCCCCGGCCGGGCCAGCCGCUGUGCAGCCAGCGCGGGGAGUGCAUCUGCGGGCAGUGCGUGUGCCACAGCAGCGACUUCGGCAAGGUCAGCGGCAAGUACUGCGAGUGCGACGACUUCUCCUGCGUCCGCUUCAAGGGCCAGAUGUGCUCGGGCCACGGGAAGUGCAGCUGCGGGGACUGUGUGUGCGACCCGGACUGGACGGGCGACUACUGCAACUGCACGACGCGCACGGACACGUGCAUGUCCGGCAACGGGCUGGUCUGCUCCGGCCACGGCUCCUGCGUGUGCGGCCGCUGCGAGUGCACCCAGCCCGGCUCCUACGGGGACACCUGCGAGAGGUGCCCCACCUGCCCCGACGCCUGCACCAUCAAAAAGGACUGUGUGGAGUGCAAGAAGUUCGAGCGGGGGAGGCUGGUGGAGGAGCAGACCUGCAGCCGCAUGUGCCGGGACGAGAUCGAGACCGUGCAGGAACUGAGUGACAGGGGCAAGGACGCCGUGAACUGCACCUACAAGGACGAGAACGACUGUGUGGUGAGGUUCCAGUACUACGAGGACUCCAGUGGCAAGUCCAUCCUCUCCGUCAUCGAGGAGCCUGACUGCCCAAAGGGGCCCGACGUCCUGGUGGUCCUGCUCUCGGUGACAGGGGCCAUCCUGCUCAUCGGCCUGGCUGCCCUGCUCAUCUGGAAGCUCCUCAUCACCAUCCACGACCGCCGGGAGUUCGCCCGCUUCGAGGAGGAGAAGGCCAGGGCCAAGUGGGACACGACCCACAACCCUUUAUAUAAAGAGGCCACAUCCACCUUCACCAACAUCACGUACCGGGGGAACAACUAGGAUGCCACACCCAGCACUGGCCGUGGGAUCAGCCAAGGAUCCAUGGAACCUUAAGGAGUCCAGUUUACAGAAGCCCUUGUGUGUGUGAGCCUGUGUGAACGUGUCUGUGUGUAAUUUAACAACCCCUUGACUGCCUCCAGGCCCUCCAAGUGUUGUCCAUCACCCCUCUGUGACUGCAGGGACGUGCUCUCCAGGCAAACCUCGCUCCUUACCUCGCGGGUCGCUCGCGGAGCCGGCGGCCCCUCCAUACACUGGACACAGAGAAAUGGGACUUUCUCUGCCAGUCUGUGAACUCUUUGGUGCUCAUCGGGCCAAGGGGACUUCAGGAGUGGCCACUCAAACCACACUGAGCUGUUUUCUCCCCCACGGCCCGUGCCGGUGAAGCCCUGCCUGUCGGAUCACUGGACUCAGUCCCGCUGGGCACAGGAGCCAUCUCCUUGGGCACAGGGCAGCUGCCAGCAGGCAGGAGCCAUCACUGCUUUGUGGGUUCAGGACACUGCUUCUGAGCAGCCCAGCAACCCCUUUCCUCCUUGCACCCCCGUGUUCUGGCACUGCUGUGAGCCAGGGUGGUGAGAAGCUGUGCCCUCCCUCACUGCCCCCACGUGCACUCAGUUUGCACCCCAGCACCUCCAUGUAGCACCAGCUGUGCUGGUCCCAGCCACAGCCUGGCUCAGCCCCAGGGAUGGUGCUGAGCUCCCCGUGUCCCCCCUCACUGUCCUCAUGCCACAGCCCACAUGGAUGUGCAGGCAGCAGCCUCGGGAGCUCAUGAUGCCCCUUAUCCCUCAGGCCUGGCCACCUCUCUCCCCUCUGUGUUUUCUGAGCUGUGUAACUGCACCCUGCCUGGUUUUCUGCACAGCUCAGGGUUCCAGCAGAGCAGGCAGGGCUCAGGCUGUGUCCUGCUGCCUGGGGCUGUGUGUCACCCGUGGGGGAAAACGAAGAGAUGUCCCAGUUUGGCUGUAGCAGUGCUGCUGCCUGGUCCCUGCCCUGCCAGAGCACAGUGGCUCAAUUCCCCUCAGCUGCCCCAAAAACCAACAGCAACCUCGGGCCCGGUGUGGGGUUUGCCCCGAGGGCCCCAGCAGAGUGUUGGCUGAGCUGGUGGUGGCCCUGUGUCCCUGUCCCCUGGCUGUCUCAGCAGUGUGGGAGCAGGGGCAGGGCUUGGUGCUGGGUGGGAUCUGGGGCUGAGCCCCAGGGAGGGGGGUGGAUGGGCAGCACCAGAGCGGCAGCAAAUCGCACCACAAAAAUAAAAAUAACUAAA